AUGAAGGUGAAAAAGGACGCUAUCAAGCCGGUCGGUCUUACGCUCUUGUAUGAGCCGGACUGGCCCAUCGACCCAGCAGUUGACAUCGUUCUUGUUCAUGGUGUCGGGGGACAUCCAGUUCAGUCAUGGAAGUUCGAGUCACAACCACACACGCCAACGGCUCCAAAGGCGACCGUGACCGCGCCUUACCCGGGCAUCAAGAGAAGGCUAACAAAACCAUCAACACCGUUGCUACGUUCAAACUCCGAACCCCUACUUGCCAACGCACGCCGACCGCCGAGUAGGUCCAGGACACUGCUCUGGAAGAACUCCACCAAGUCAUCAUCCAGACUCAACCUCAAUGGCUUUGCCGAGCCCAUCAAGCCGGUUUCUUUCGGUGGUUCAAGGGGGUUCAUGCGAAAGGCGGCAACAAUGUCGCCGCCGAAACUAGGGACUGCCAAUUUUGCUGACCCCAUCGGCAUCGAUCGGUAUGCCGAACAGAAUGUCGAAGCAUACUGGCCACUCGAGUUCCUGCCUGCGUCAUGCCCCAAUGCACGAGUUUUCACCUGGGGCUAUCACACGCCGGCAGCCGACAAGAAGCCCGUUCGCGACGAGGGUAACAUCUUUGCUCAUGCAGAGGAACUGCUGGUUGAGCUCGCCAGCACCCGUGCUGAGUUGGGCGUGGGGGCACGACCAAUACUCCUCCGACUAUCCGAAGCUGAACGCGAUGGGCCUUUAAAGGGCAUCCUGCUAUCGACGUCGGCCGUCGUAUUCCUCGGCAGUCCGCAUCGUGGCACGGAACACUGCAACCUCGGAGAUGCCAUUCUGAGCAUGGCGACCGCCACCCUGCCCAGCGAUUUCAUCGACCCCAGCGACCCUGUGCUCCAGGAGCUGUGCGGGACCAACACCGCCCAGGUGGAGCUUGGCCGUCAGACGUUUGUACGGCUGUGGAAUGAUUACAACUUCAAGGUGAAGACGUUUCAAGAGUCAAUCAUUCCGACCCAACCGUACCCGGAGCUCAGGGCGGAAACGACAAUCCGGCGUCUUGCGAGCUUCAUUGGUGACCCCAGAGAGCAUGCGGAGACCAUAUGUGCCUUGCAUGACAAUAUCUGCCAGUUCCGAUCUGCGGAUGACAAGGGAUACCGUGCUUUAGCCAAGACACUGGCGGCGUUCAUCACCACGGAGGAGGAUGGGCGUAGAAAGACCAAACUGACAAGCAUAGAAUGUCUUUCGGCCCUGGCGCAACUGCCACCCCCACCCCCCGAAACCCUUCCGCCAUCCGCCUACCCGGGUACCUGCCUCUGGCUGGACGAGCUGCACGACUUCCAAACCUGGCACCACCGAAACGGGCCAAACAAGAACAAAAUCCUCUGGAUCAGGGGAGAGUCCGGAUGCGGCAAAACAGUUCUCCUGAGGUCCAUACGGAGAAGACUAGAGCGUCAGUGGGGCCCAGCCGGCGCAUCGUUCAUCUGGGCCACGGCCGAGGCCGACGAUAGGACGAAAGACCCAUCCAAUCGUCAGAGCACAAGUCUAGCCGGCGUCUACCGUAGCCUUCUCUCUCAGCUGUUCCUUCACGAUCCACGUCUCCGAAAGGCGCUCCUGGCGCUUUACAACCAGUCACGCACCCUCCACGACGCGCAGGUUGUCUCGUUCUUUGCCGACUAUUAUGUCAACCAAAAGGCCGAGAUAACGGCCAGGAGAGCCUUCAUUUUUGUCGAAAUUGCAGAUGAUGCAUGCCCUAGCUACGUUCACGAGCUGAUAGGCCGCUUGUCGCAUCUCGCGCACAACUCGGACUUCAGCAUUUGCGUUGCGAGCGGCUACCAUCCGGAGAUCAUCGAGGAGGAGAACGUCAUCAGCAUCCCCAUGCAUUUACGCAACGCCGACGACGUUCUGCGGUAUGUCAACUUGAACCUGGUUGCCGAGUGGGAAGAACGGAAUCGGACGGUCAUCCGGAUUGGACAGAAGUCAGGGGGCGUGUUCCUAUGGGCGGAAAUCGUAGUGAACAUCUUAAAUGCCGCCAUCAUGGAGGGCGCCACGCAGGAGAUGAUCGAGUACACCCUGGAGGAAGUCCCCGGCGACCUUCAUGGCCUGUACGAGUGGAUGCUCUCGACUCUGAACGACAGGGAGCGAGCCGAAUCCCUUCUUCUCUUCCAGUGGGUGAUCCUCGCUGCCGAGCCGAUGCGCCUCAACGACCUCUUCCUCGCCGUCAGACUCACCGAACCCAAUUCCUUCGCCCUCUUUGAACAGUUUGGCCCGCUCAUGGCGUUCAAUAUCGGCAAGCCCUUUUCGAUGCGCGAGCUCCGUCAACUGCGAAAUUCCGAAAUCAGCUCUGACACGCCCUACCAAUUUCACCGCUGGCUACGAGCCCGCUCCAUCGGCCUCCUCGAGCUCAAAUCCGACGCCCCUCAUCGCCAAUCUACCGCCAGCGAACCCCUAGGUCUGCAGCGCGUCCACACCAUCCACUCCUCCGUCCGCAGCUUCUUUCUCUCCGGCCGAGGGUUUGCCUGCCUCGCCGCCGGCAACCCCUCCAUCCCCGCCACCCUCCCCAUCGCCGACUUCCUCGACAUCACCCACUACACCCUCCUCCGCGCCUGCCUCACCUACCUCAACAUGCGGGAUUUUGAAUCCCUCGGGCACGGCUCCCGCCGCCGACGCAAGCCCCCCACCAGCACCACCACCCCCUCCUCCUCCUCCACCACCUCACCCACCCUCCUCAAACUCGAAACCACCCUCCACUGGCACCCCCCACCCACCGUCUCCUCCCAGCGCCACCUGAUCAUGUCCUCCUACCCGCUCCUGCACUACGCCGUAACCCACCUGCUCCACCACCUCCUCGCCCCGCAGCCCUUCCGCUACUUCCUCCCCCAACAUCAGCUCCUAACCACCCUCGCCGCGAACCGCUUCCGCCUCUGGAAGCGCUGGACCUCCCUGCUCGGCACCUACGACCCGGACGUCAUCGUCGCGCAGCACGCGGCCCCCUCCGCGGGCGCCGUUGCGGGGUGGCUCAGUCCGGUGUUUGGCGCACGGUUUCGCCUGGAGCGCGUGCUGCGCAAGUUGGCGAGGCUGGCGGCGAGUGAGUCGUAUGUGGCGAGGCGGCGGGGGGCCGCGGAUCCGGUUACGCCCGUUGGGGCGGUUUCGGUUUCCGCGGCGGCGGUGGGGGUGGCACUCGUCCCGCGAGCAACGCGCUGCCUCGCCGCGCAGCAGGCCAACUUUGCCACAGCUAAAAGGCCCAACCCGCGCGCGAUCAUGAAGUCGCAGAAUGCGGUCGCCGAGAAGCUUGCAACGACGGGCGCCUGGUCUGUGAUGCGGGGGAAACGCAAGGGGGUGAACAGCGACAAGCACCGCGUCAACAUCGUCAACGAGAAAUUAUGCGACGACGUUAUCGAGUACCUCAAGCCAACCCUGGCCCGCCACGAAGGCUGCGACCUCGUCGACAUUUUCCCGGGCGUGGGCAUCUGGAGCAAGAAGCUUCACGAGGUGCUCAAACCGCGCUCGCACGUCCUGAUGGAGCCAGACGAAGAGUACUACAAACCGUUCCUCGCACCGCUGCUCGAGCAGCCCGGCACCAAACUGCUUCCCGAGUCCGGCAUCGUCUGGGAGCAGUUGAACAAAAUCCUAAACCCGACAGUGCUACCACACCAGGUCGAGCGCAGGUACGCCAACGACGAGACACCACAGCGCAAUGACACGCUCCUCGUCACCGUGAAUUUGUGCAUGUACCCGAGACGAAAAUUUCGAUCUUUCGAGAGCCUCGCCCAGCUCGUUCUCUUCCAGCUGCUCGCCGCGAUCCGCCCGGGGUCGGUGUUCCAAAAGUACGGACUCGUUCGCAUGCUCAUAUGGACCGAAGAUUCCGAGAAGGGUGCGGUCCUGCCGCGGACCGUGCAGCGGCGGAGGAAGAUGGCCAUCGAGGCCGAAAUAUCGACCGACUGGGUCUGCGAGAUCGUCGGCGCCGAAGCCGAAGACGCGGCCGCGGCCCGAUCCGCCUCCUGGUUCCGCCGCGACGAAGCACUCGACCACGAGAGCACGAGGCGAACGCUCGAACGGAUGCGCCAGAACGGAUUCAAGAUGCCGCCCGGGCGGGAGCCGCAGCACGUGCUGGACUACCUAGCGGUCGCGGACCUGAACGAGCCCGGUGCGCUCGACACUAAGCGCUACGUCGGGCGGCCGUUUAUAGCCGAGCUGGAAAAGUUGGAAAAAAAGUUCUCCGACGGGAAAUUCGAAAAAAAGACCCCGGAAUACAAGCGUCUCAAGACCCUCCAGUACCUACAAACCCAUACUACGAGGCGCUCUGGCUUCGUCGUCGAUUUGAUGAAAGAAUACGAUGCGAUUGUCCAGGCUUACAUCGACGCUGGCGCGGACGAGAAGCUACAAGAGGAGGCCGCCGCGGUCGCCUGCGCAUUGACGGAUAAAAUCGAGAAGCUCGAAAAGGCCUUCCGCAGCGACGUCUUCCUCCAGCGCGACAACCUCCACGUCUUGCGGCAUGAACCUCCCAUCCUAAACUGGGACCGCCGCUACGUCGAACCCCUACGCGCGGCCCCGAGCGACUUCUUCCCCCAAAUCCCUUGCACGCUGCUAGACAUCCAGCCGAAGGCGGUGCCGUCCAUCCUGCGGGACAUGGGCCAGCAGUCGAACCGCGGCGGCGACACGUUCGACCUGAUCCUGCGCGGGCUCAGCCAGCGGCCCAUCGACCCGAUCAGCAAGUCGCUCGACACCAUCGCGCCCGGCGCGAGCCAGGGCGUCGCGCCCCACUGCCCGAGCCUGUUUGAUCCCCGCCGCGACGGCGUUCCCCGAGGCCUGCCCGAGCUGCCCGCACGUGCCAUGUCCCAGGACCAGCUGGUCGAGGUCACCCAGGCGUGGAUGAGCUGGCCGUUCCGGCCGAGCUAUUCGGAACUGGUCUCGCGCACCCUCGAGGACGUGGAUAUGGAUAUGGAAGAGGAGGGGCGGCAGUUUGCUCAAAACGAGUGA